AUGUCUCUAAGAAACCUCACAAGUUUUUGUAAUUCUCAGAAUAAUGUUGCAUUCAUCUUUCCAUGUCUUGAAAAGGUGAUAGUGAGCAAUUGCCUUAAGUUGGAAAAAUUUUCCGAGAAAAUUGUGAGCACACCAAACUUAGAAAAAGUCAAUAUUGUAGAAGUAGAGGAGGGAGAUGAAUGGUAUUGGGAAGGUGAUUUGAAUGCCACAAUCCAAAAGAUUUUUUCAGACAUGGUUCUUUUUGCAUCUUGUCAACAUUUGAGACUUUCUUGUUAUCCUGAGUUAGAGCAGUUAUGGCAGGGCGAAGUUUCCCCACCAGACAACUGCUUUAACAAUCUAAGAACAUUGAUAGUGGAGAAUUGUUCCUUUCUGUCACAAGUGUUCCCUUCUAACUUACUUCCUUACUUUAAGAACUUGGAGGAGUUGCAAGUAAGUUCAAGUCCAGUGGAGGUUAUUUUUGAUAUGGAUGGUAAUAGGUUGACAGAAACAAAUGGAAAGCCCUUUCACUUGAGAAGAAUGAUUUUAAAGAGCUUGCGGAAUCUGAAGUGUAUAUGGAGUAAAGAUCCUUGUAGGACUAUAAGUUUUCAAAAUCUGAAAGAAAUAGUUGUCACUGACUGUGGGGGAAUAAAAUCUCUUUUCCCAGCAUCUUUGGCAAAAAAUUUUAUGAGACUCAAGAAACUUGAUAUAGGCCGAUGUUUUGCCUUGGAAGAAAUGUUUGGAAAGGAAGAAGCAGUAGCUGAUGGAGCGAGCAGAAAAUUUGAAUUCCAUUUUUUAACCACUUUGAUGAUGUAUCGUUUACCAAGCCUCAAGUUUUUUUAUCCUGGAAGAUUUACUCUGGAAUGUCCCAGCUUGCAGAUGCUAGUUGUGUGUGAUUGUAAUAAGCUGGACACGUUCGCAUUAGAUUUUCAAAGUCACCGUGGAGAAGUAGGAUGUGAGUAUGAAGCUGAUAUUACAACUAACACGCAACCUCUUUUCCUGGAUGAAAAGGUAAUUCCAAAGUUGGAAGUGUUAACCCUCAAUGGGAAAGACAUGAUGAUGUUAUCACAUGGAAAUUUUCUUGAUGACCUGCUUCACAAGCUGAAAGCCCUGGGUCUAAACUUUGGUGAUUCCUAUGAAGCAGUAGCUACUCUGCCUUUUAAAUUCUUUAAGAAGGUACCUAAUUUAGAAUCUCUUUGUAUAAUAAAUUUCGAUGCAUUGGAUGAGAUGUUUCCCUCUCAAAGACCUGAAGAUAUUAAUCAUGUCAUCAAUAUACUUGCGCAAGUGAAGGAGUUAUACAUGCUGGGCCUGCCGAUGCUCUCCUCCAUUGGGUUACAUAAUUCCUGGGUGGACCCACUUCGCAAGAAUCUGAGAGUCCUGAAAAUAAAGGAUUGUCAUCGUUUGACUAUUCUGGUGCCUUCUUCUGCGGUAUCAUUUUGCAAUUUGGAAGAAUUGACAGUGAGUGGAUGCCAUGGGUUAGUUUCUCUGUUCUCAUCUUCAGUAGCCAAAAGUUUGGUGCGACUUCAAAGAAUGGAGAUAACUGAUUGUACAUCAAUAGCACAAAUAGUGAAUCAUGGGAGCGGUGAGUCAACUCCAGAAGAGAUAAUUUUUGAACGGCUUACAUUUAUAACUAUGAGUCAGUUGCCAAGGCUGGUGUGUUUUUAUUCGGGGAAUGCCACUUUAGAAUUCUCAGCUCUGAGAGAAGCGACCAUAGAACAAUGCCCGAAGAUGAAACGUUUCUCUCAAGGAGUAGUAAGGGCGCCCUACUUUGUAGGAAUAAGAGCUUCAAGGGACGAAGAUGCUUGGCACAGCUAUAGUGAUCUCAACACAACAGUGCAGAAAUUGUUUGACGAGAAGGUUGCACUACGUGAUGUGCAAAAUUUGGAGCUUGGAGAUUACCCUGGGCUGCAAGAGAUAUGGCAACGUGAAACACCAGUCCCUGAUGGAGGGUUCAGUAAGUUGAAGACUUUGAUAGUGGAUGGUUGUCAUUUCUUAUCAAAAAAUGUGAUCCCUUUUCAUUUGCUUGGCUUGAUUUGUAACUUGGAAGAUUUACAAGUACGGAAUUGUGGCUCAGUAAAGGCAAUAUUUGAAGUGGGAUCUUUGUCUUCCUUCUUCUCCAUUCCCUUGAAAACAUUGACCUUGGAACAGCUCCCUGAUCUGGAGCAUGUUUGGAAUGAGGACCCUCAAGAAUUUCUCAGCUUCCAAUCGCUACAACAAUUACAUGUUAAUGGGUGCAGCAGCCUCAAGAGCUUGUUUCCAGCGUCCAUGGCCCAUGGCAAACUUGGGAGGCUUGAAAUACUAGAAGUGCGAUGGUGUAAGGGGUUAGUUGAAAUUGUUGCAUGGGAUGAAACAAUGUUAGGUGGAGCAACUACCUACUAUGGUAUCUUUCCCAGCUUAACAAGUUUGGAGCUAUUUAGUUUGCCAAAGCUCAAAUGCACAUGUCCAUGGCUAAACAAAUUGGAAUGGCCAAUGUUAAAAGUAUUAGAUGUGCAUCACUGCGAUCAAUUGAAGAUUUUCCCGACUGAGGAUCAGGAUCAUCCAAGUGAUGGGGAAGCCAUUGUUCCAUUUGAAAAGGGUUUUCCCAACAUAGAACAAUUGCCACUUGACAAGGAAGACAUCAUGAGGAUUAAUUGUCAGGCACCGUUUCAGGCAAACUUCCUUCGCAAAGUGAAAUCUCUCGUGUUGCAAUGCUUCCAUGAUUAUUCAGAUGGAUUUCCAUAUCAAUUUUUCCGAAAGGAAUUACUUCCCAAUUUAGAAAAUCUUCGAGUGGCUUGUAGUAACUUCAAAGAAAUUUUCAGCUCUCAGAGACGUGAUAUAGAUUUUGAUUUGGGAAUGUUGUUUCCACAACUCAAGGGAUUGGAACUGAUGUCUUUGCAGUGUCUUGAAUCCAUUGGGUUAGACCAGUCCUGGGUUUCCCCAAUUCUUGAAAACUUAGAAACCUUGCGGGUGGUGAGAUGUCCUUGUUUGAGGAACACGGUGCCGUCUGCUUUAUCUUUUUCGAAAUUAAGGCAAUUGUUUGUAUAUGGACGUCAAGGAUUGGUCUGCUUGUUCACAUUGUCAACUGCAAGGAGUUUAGUUUUACUUGAAGAGCUUGUCAUUGGCAAAUGUGGAUCAAUACAAGAAAUAGUGCCUAAAAAAGAUGAUGGAUCUGAUGAAGAUGAGUUAACAUUUGGGAAGCUCAUAGUAUUGUUUUUGGACUCUCUCCAAAGACUUGGAAGCUUUCACUCAGGGAAUUCUACACUGAACUUCCCAUGUUUGAAACUUGUGACUGUUGAUGAAUGCCCUAGAAUGAGAAUUUUCUCUUGCGGAUCCAUAAAUGCAUCUCGACAUUUACGAGUAUCGGCAAAGCCUUCCCAAAACACAAGUUAUGGUCCAGAAUAUUGCGGCCCUGAUCUAAAUGGCCACAUAAAAUUGCUCUUUUCCUCACAGCAUGCAAACUGUGCACAAGAUAUAUCAUGUUUGGAGCUUUGUGAUCACCCAGAGCUACUGGAAAUAUGGCAGCGUGUUGUGCCUGUUCCGAAUAGAGGCUUCUGUAACUUGACGAAUCUGACAGUGCAUGGUUGCCAAUCUUUGACCACGUGAUUCCCUCUCAAUUGGUUCCCUUCCUCUGUAACUUGAAAUAUUUAACAGUACGAGAUUGUAAUGCUGCCAAGGCCAUAUUCGAUUUGAGCCCCAUGUUGCCCCAAGGCAAACUCGAAAGCCUCCAAGAACUAAAAGUGAAAAACUGUGAACAGUUAGUAGAAAUUGUUGCCUGGUAUGAAACAAUCUCAGGAGUAGCAACUUCAAACUCAAUUAUCUUUGCUGGCUUAACAAUGCUGAAGCUCCAUACAUUGCCAGAGCUCAAGUGCAUCCACCCAACAGUUGACAAUUUGGAAUGGCCUAAGCUAGAAAAAUUAGUUGUCUACCGUUGUGGUCAGCUGAAGAAUUUUCCACCAUUAGGUCAGGAUCACUUUGCAAAAGAUACCGAAGCCACUAUCACAUUAGAAAAGGUUCUUCCCAACCUAAAGCAAUUGUCACUCAGCAAGAAACACAUCAUGCAGAUUUGGCAAGCCCUGCUCCAGGAAAAGCUUCUUAAAGGAGUGAAAUUUCUCAAAUUGAAAUUCUUUAAUGAUGAUUCAAAUGAAUUUCCAGAUAGAUUCUUCCUGAAGGAAUCAAUGCCCCAUUUAGAAGAGCUUAGAUUGUCUCAUAGUAACUUCAAAGAGAUAUGCACCACUCAGAGAUCUGAUCUGGAUGGCUUUUUUGAUGUGUUCUUUUCACAACUAAAAGCCUUAAAAUUGAUUUCUCUGUCAAAGCUUAAUUCCAUUGGGUUAGAGCACGCCCCACUACUGGGAAACUUGGAAACCAUGAUAGUGCAGGAUUGUCCUUGCUUAAUGAACUUGGCACCCUCUACUGUGUCUUUCACAAGUCUAAAGGGUCUGACUAUAAGGAAGUGUGAUGGAUUGGUAUAUUUGUUCACAUCUUCGACUGCAAAAAGUUUAUCUUUACUCUCAAAGUUGUCUGUAAAGAAUUGUGAAUCGAUCCAAGAAAUAGUGGCUAAAGGAGAUGAAUCGGAUCAAGAUGAUAUAGCAUUUGAGAAUCUCAAAGAGUUGGAUCUCGAACUUCUGCCAAGACUAGAUAGCUUUUACCCGGGGACUUACAAUUUGAAAUUCCCAUCCUUGGAACAAGUUUCAAUAUACGGUUGCUCCCGGAUGAAGGUUUUCUCUCAUGCUGAUAUAUAUGCACUGGAUAAUGUGACUAUUCGAUGUUUUGGGGAUAAGAAUCUUAGAGCCAUGAUGGAGAAGGCCUUUAAGAAGGCAGCCUGCUGAGUUAAUAUAAAUGAGAAAUUUUGCAGUGCUAUUGGCAGGAAAUCAUGUUUCACAAGACAAGCUUAUUUUGGUUCUGCUCCUCAGUCACAACGCUUUAAAGUUGAGGGAGAUUGGAACCGUCCAUGUCGUUUUCCUUGGGUUGAUGAUGUAGAAAUUGAAGGCUAAGUUUGUGUGUGGUGUCUCCUUUGCAGAUUAAGUUGUAAAAUGUUUAGACAUGAAAACUUCAUUGAAUUCCAAUAUGAGGUGGUGACCUUUAUAUUUGAAUCAGAAGGAACUUUGGACCAAUUGUUUGAGUGACUCUGCUUUGGAAAUGAACAUUUGUCGUAUGAGAA